AGAAAAAACAAAGAUAGAAAGCAUGAAAUAUUCUUCUUCCUUUUAUAGAUUCCCCAUUUUAUCCAGCAUAUUUUACACCUUUGUUUCUUUUCUGCACCACCUUUUCAAAUUCCAACCAUAUAAUCUUGAUUAACUCUAUGAUGCACCCCUGAAUCGUAUGUAUACGACAUGCAUACGUAUACGUAUACAUUUACUUGCACAAAUGUAUAGAUAUAAUCACAGAAGACACAUGCACAAGAGAAUCAGAAGAGAUAUAGGGUGUAGACAGCCAAACCUUUCUCUAAAUAACCCAAUGCUAUCUCCACUACUUAGUAUUUGUCCUUCACCUCUCUUUCUCUUCUUCUUCUUUACUCCCACUCUCUCUCCUCUUUCUUAACAACCUUCUUUCAGACAUAGCUUCUCACCUGUCCAAAUUUCCAUCACGAACUUUUGUCUGAAUAUCAAUCGUAUCACUAAAAUGGCUAAACUUGUGGUUGAAGUUCUUGAUGCCAAUGAUCUCAUGCCUAAAGACGGUCAUGGCAGCGCAAGCCCUUUUGUCGAAGUAGAAUUCGACGGGCAGCGCAAAAGAACUUCGACAAAACCCAAAAGCCUCGAUCCAUCUUGGAACGAGAAGCUCGUUUUCAAUAUCAAGUACCCCAAAUAUUUAUCCACUCAAACUAUCGAAAUUUUCGUGUACAACGACAAUAAGCACGGUCACCACAGGAAUUUUCUGGGUAAAGUUUGUAUAUCUGGCAUGUCCGUAUCUUUCUCCGAGCACGAAUCGGUUGUUCAGAGAUACCCUCUAGAUAAAAGAGGAAUAUUUUCUCACGUCAAGGGCGAUAUUGCCCUAAAAGUACAUGCACUAGUGCAUGGGGGUGAUAAUGGAGAUGGAGAGAGUGAUGCUACUCCAUUAAAGGAGAUUAGUAAUAACGAGUUCGAUGAUGACGAGCAUUAUUACAAGGAAAGUCGUGACAAGCACAAGAAGAAAAAGAAAGAAAGAGAACUGAGAACCUUUUACUCUCUGGGGGGAGGUUAUGGGGGCGGCGACCACCCUCAGCCGUUUUUUGUGGAGCCACGGAGUGAUUUUGCUUUGGCGGGGUCGCCUUCCGCCGCCGCCACUGUAAUGAAAAUGCAAGCUCCGGCGGGGCAGAAGCCUGAGUACGGGCUGGUGGAGACAAGGCCGCCUCUGGCGGCAAGAAUGGGGUAUUGGGGAAGAGACAAGAGUGCGAGCACUUACGAUAUGGUAGAGCCGAUGAAUUUCUUGUACGUGAGUGUAGUGAAAGCUAUGGACCUCCCAUCAAAAGAUGUUUCCGGAAGCUUAGACCCGUACGUGGAGGUGAAAGUCGGGAACUACAAGGGGGUGACUAAGCACUUUGAGAAGAACCAAAACCCCGUUUGGAACAGCGUAUUCGCCUUCUCGAAGGAGAGAUUACAGAGCAGUUUGAUCGAAAUUACGGUCAAAGAUAGGGAUGUUUCGAAGGAUGAUUUUGUUGGAAAAGUAGUGUUUGAUGUGCCAGACGUGCCUCAGAGAGUGCCGCCCGAUAGCCCACUUGCUCCUCAGUGGUACAAACUGUUGGACAAAAAGGGGGAGUUGAUCAAAAGAGGUGACAUCAUGCUUGCUAUCUGGAUGGGGACACAAGCUGACGAGGCGUUUCCAGACGCUUGGCACUCCGACGCGCACAAUGUAAGCGAGCAAAGCCUCAGCACCACGCGAUCAAAAGUGUACUUCUCGCCAAAACUGUAUUAUCUUAGGGUCCACGUUUUUGCAGCACAAGAUCUUGUUCCGGCAGAUAAAUCUCGACCGCCCACGGAUGCAAUUGUAAGGGUGGAGGUCUGUAAUCAGGGCAGGACCACUAGGCCUUCUCAAAUGAAGAGCGUCAAUCCAGAGUGGAAUGAGGAGCUCAUGUAUGUGGCGUGGGAGCCUUUUGACGAGCUUAUCGUUGUCAGUGUGGAGGACAAUAAUGUCACAAUCGGAAGGGUUUUCAUACCUCUCCGGAAUGUUAAGCUGACGGAGACUUCUAAGAUGCCCGAUGCUCAGUGGUUUGCUCUCCAAAAACCUGCUGCGGCGGAGGACCAAAUCGAGAUGAAAAAAGAUAAAUUCGCGAGCAGGGUUCUUCUCCGACUCAGCAUAGAUUCCGGUUACCAUGUACUCGACGAGUCCGCGCACUUCAGCAGCGAUCUUCAGCCGGCAGCCAAUCAGCUGAGAAAGCCAAGUGUUGGAAUUCUUGAAGUAGGGAUUUUGAGCGCUCGAAAUCUGCAGGCGAUGAAAGCGAAAGACGGUAAAUUAACUGAUGCGUACUGCGUGGCAAAGUAUGGGAACAAGUGGGUUCGAACAAGAACGCUUCUCGACAAUCUGCACCCCGUUUGGAAUGAGCAGUACACCUGGGAGGUCUACGAUUCUUGCACUGUAAUAACAAUCGGGGUUUUCGACAACUGCCACAUCAGCGGCGGUGAUGCGAAGGAUCAGAGAAUAGGAAAAGUGAGGAUCAGGCUCUCCACUCUCGAAACCGAUCGAGUCUACACACAUGCAUACCCACUGCUGGUUUUAACUCCCUCUGGUUUGAAGAAAAACGGGGAGCUCCACCUGGCGGUACGCUUCACUUGCACAGCUUGGGCGAACAUGGUAGCACAGUACGGUAAGCCGUUGCUGCCAAAGAUGCAUUUCGUUCAGCCCAUACACAUUAAACACGUUGAUCUAUUAAGGCACCAGGCGAUCAACAUAGUGGCAGGAAAGCUGGCCAGGGCUGAGCCGCCGCUCAGAAACGAGAUCGUCGAGUACAUGCUGGAUGUGGACUACCACGUGUUCAGCCUUCGAAGGAGCAAAGCCAACUUCCACCGCAUUAUGGCGCUCGUUUCUCAAAUUCAAUACAUAUACACCUGGUUUGAAGGCGUCUGCCACUGGAAGAACCCCGUAACAUCAAUCCUAGUUCAUAUGUUGUUCUUGAUACUGGUGUGCUACCCUGAGCUGAUCCUACCCACGAUUUUCCUCUACUUUUUCGCCAUCGGCUUGUGGAACUUUCGGGUCAGGCCCACGGGCCCACAUCACAUGGACGCUCGUCUUUCACAAGCGGAUAAUGCUCAUCCAGAUGAGCUGGACGAGGAAUUCGACACAUUCCCGACUACUAAGGUGACUGAUGUUGUUAAAAUGAGGUACGAUAGGAUGAGAACAAUUGCAGGGAGAGUUCAAAGUGUGUCGGCAGAUUUAGCAACACAAGCAGAGAGAGUGCUUUCUGUGUUGAGCUGGAGGGAUCCCAGGGCUACAGCAAUCUUCAUAGUCUUUUCAUUGAUAUGGGCUGUGUUUCUAUAUGUUGUACCUUUCCAGAUUGUUGCUCUGCUCGUCGGGCUUUAUAUUUUGCGCCAUCCGAAGUUGAGGUACAAGUUGCCGCCAAUACCUGUCAAUUUCUUCAAGAGGCUGCCAUCCAGAUCAGACUCCCUUCUCUGAGAAAGAAACAGAAAAGAAACAGUUAUUUGGUGAAUAAAUGCAGCAAGUCUAUAGAGCUGCAGCAGCAAAAAAGUGAAGUUUCAUCACUUACCAGAGAGCCAUAUUUUCUUCUAUGUUUCCCAAUUUCAUGUAUUCAGCAUAACAAUUUUUAUAUUUUUUCCCUUGUGUUCACUGAUUUUGAAUAAGAUGGAGAUGUUAAGUGCAA